AUGUCAGACAAGAUCCUAGCUCGUCAAGUACAGGGAAGAGACCUGCCGUCUUUCUCUGGUCAUCCCGAAGAGUGGCCCGGUUUCGCUGCAGCGUUUGAAACCUCCACCAGAAACUGUGGCUACAACAAUGCUGAGAAUCUCCCCCGUCUACAGAAGUGUCUCAAGGGAGACGCAUACAAAAGUGUGCAAUGUUUGUUGGUCGACCCGGAUGGGGUGCCAACCGUGAUGGAAAAACUGAAGAUGAGGUUCGGUCGCCCCGCACUCAUCAUUGAGUCGAUGAUACAGAAGCUGAGAGAAGUUCCGCCUGUCAAGUUGGACCGGUCGGAAACUUUCAUCGACUUUGGAAUCGCAGUGGACAACUUGGUGUCCACAAUUAAGUCCCUGAAGCAACCGCAACAUAUGGGAAACCCGACAUUGCUGCAAGAGCUCGUCAACAAAUUGCCGUUGAUGACCCAAAUGGAUUGGAGCCGGUCACAGAAGGAUGACUCGUCCAAUCUAGAAGAUUUUGCCAAAUGGAUUGACAGUUACACCCAGGCGGCGUGUAAAUUGUGCCCCACCAGAGCAGAGAAUAGUACCCAACGAGAAAACAAGAAAGGAAAGAAGCCGGAACGAGUCUACACGGUCAGUGAGAAGAAUAAUUCUGGUCAAGGGAAGUGGGAGAAGAAAUGUGCAUUUUGCUCUUCAUCCCACCACCAACGAGAUUGUCCCACAUUCGUCAAGUCUGAUGUCGACCAACGUUGGACCAUGGUAAAGGGAAAGAGGGUAUGCUUUGGGUGUCUGGGGGUCGGUCACAGAUGCGGAGACUGCCGUUCUUCGCGACCAUGUGGAGUAGAUGGAUGCAACGUCAAGCAUCACAAACUGCUCCACCAAGUAAGAUCCAGCCGAUCAAGAGAAAAGGAGAAAGCAGCAACAGAAGAAGAAAAAGAAGAGAACGUUGUUCUUCAAACACGGGGGGAGUGGAAUGAAGUCAUCCACAUGAUGAGUCCUGUACAAAUUGAGGGUCCGAACGGCAAGAUUGAAGUCUUCGCCAUUCUUGAUGGCUUAUCAUCCAUUACCACCAUGGAGAGCGCAGCCGCGCAGAAAUUGGGAAUUGUGGGAUCGCCAGUUCCGCUCACGAUCAAAGGGUUCAAUUCUACGAAGACGUAUCAAAAUUCCCAAGUGAUUGACGUCCGUUUGCAAGCGACGAAUGAGAAGUACGCCUGCACUUUAAGAAAUGUGAGAACCGUUGAGAAGAUUGAGCACAGUCAAUCCGUGAAGAGAUGUGACUUGUCAAAGUGGUCACAUCUCCAAGACCUGGACAUCCCGACCUACAACAAUGCAAAGCCAACAAUCCUGAUUGGACUGGACCAUCCACAACUCCAUGUCCACCACGAAUAUCGAACCGGGAAGGGGAAUAAUGAACCUGUCGCGGUCCGAACUCCUCUUGGGUGGAUGAUCAUGGGAAGACUAGGUCAAUUUCGCCAGCAACAAAGCCACACCAUGUUUUCAAUGAGUGAAGCCGAUUCAAGCCUGCAUCAAAUGGUAAAGGAAUAUUUUACCAUCGAGUCAUUGGGGGUCAGCGCUAGUCCAGCAAAACCGAGGUCCACUGAGGACCAGAGAGCUCAACAGCAAUUGGACUCGUCUCUACGCCGCGUACCAAACGGAUGGGAGGUCGGAUUACUGUGGCGUGAUGAUGAUGUCUCUCUUCCUCUCAGUAAGCAGAUGGCAUUGUCAAGAUUGAGGACAAUGGAACGGAAAAUGGAUAGAGAACCAGAAUUUUCCAAACAAUACGAAAGCAAGAUAGCUGAAUAUCAAGAGAAGGGUUUCGCCAAAAAACUAUCAAAAGAAGAGGCAAGUGUCGAGACGGGGAAAACAUUCUACCUACCACAUUUUAUGGCCUUCAACCCAAAAAAGCCGAACAAGUUUCGUUUUGUUUUUGAUGCGGCAGCAAAAGUCCAGGGUAAAAGUCUGAACGACUUUCUCCUCCGUGGUCCAGACAAGCUAUCCUCCCUUCCAGGCAUUCUGCUCAAAUUUAGAAGAUAUCCUGUCGCCAUCACGGCAGAUAUUCAAGAUAUGUUUCACCGGGUCCGAGUGAAGCAUGACGACGCCCAGGCACAAAGAUUCUUGUGGAGAGGCAAAGAACGAGAUCGAGAUCCCGACGUGUAUGAAAUGGGGGUCCUAAUUUUUGGGGCAACGUGUUCGCCAACUUGCGCCCAAGAAGCGAAAAAUAGAAACGCCCUGGAAUAUCGACAGCAAUAUCCCAGCGCAUGUGAAGCCAUUAUAGACAAGCACUAUGUUGACGAUUUGUUGGAUUCUGUCACGACCGUGCAGGAAGCAGUUAAACUUUUCCAUGAAGUCCGAGAGGUACACAGCAAGGGUGGAUUCAAUCUUUGCAACUGGCUGUCCAACUCGAGGGAAGUAAUGCAAGAAAUCCCAGAAGAAUUGAGGGCAAAAUCCGUAAAGAGUCUGGAUUUCUCAUCCGGGCAACAUGUGGAGAGAGUUCUUGGCCUGUUUUGGAGGCAUGAUGAAGAUGCAUUCACUUUCUCCCUAACGUAUUUAAAAGCUCAAUCCGAUGUGCUAAAAGGAGGACGACUUCCAUCAAAGAGAGAAGUCUUGUCAUUGGUCAUGUCAUUGUAUGACCCUCUUGGAUUCUUGUCGAUCUUAACCAUCCGAGCCAAGAUGAUUAUUCAGAAAUGUUGGACCUCUGAAACUGGAUGGGACGAUGUCAUACCCGAGGAAACACGAGAAUUUUGGAGAAAGUGGCUGGAGGAGCUGCAAAAUAUCACCAAGUUCCAGCUACCACGAUGUCUCAGUCCAAAUCUGUCCAAGUCCCAGGACAACCAACUCCACGUCUUUGGAGAUGCAAGCGAGGAGGCGUAUGGGGCCGUGGUGUAUUUGAGAAUGAUUACUCCCACCGGGAUAGAAGUCUCACUCAUCAGUGCCAAGGCGAAAGUAGCACCAAUCAAAGUGGUGUCCAUUCCCCGACUCGAACUGCAAGCCGCCGUGUUGGGGACAAGAUUGCAAAAAUUUAUUAAAGAAGAAAUGUCCAUUCCAAUCAACCGAGUCGUAUUCUGGAGCGACAGCAGCACCGUCAUACAUUGGAUUCGCUCAGACGGAAGAAGAUUUCAGCAAUUCGUUGCUCAUCGAAUUGGUGAAAUUCAAGAGAAUACUGAAAUUAAGGAUUGGAGAUGGAUACCAACGAACGAGAACGUGGCGGACGAAAUGACACGAAUCGACAGCAAAUGUGACUUCAGCGUCAACAGUAGAUGGAUUCGUGGUCCAGAAUUUUUGAGAAAACCGGAAGAAGAGUGGCCAGUCGAGAAACUGAAUCCUCGUACCAGUAAUCACGAGUGGGAGCUGAAGAAAGUCAUCAUCCAUGCCAUGAAAGAACUCCAACCCGUUAUCGACAUAUCCCGAUUUUCAAAAUGGAAGAGAUUGCUCAACGCCACAGCCUACAUGCUAAGAUUCGCCAGGCGUGUAAGGCCAGCCCGUAAGAUUGUCGAACCAGAAGAAUUUGCUGCUGCUGAGAGGUGGUGGUGGAUUCAAUGCCAACGAGAAUGCUACCCGAACGAAGUAGCAAUACUACAACAAGGUCACCCACUUCCAAGGACCAGUCGUCUUCAGUCACUUACCGUGGGACUAGAUGAAUUUGGAGUUAUGAGGGUCCGUGGGAGGCUCGAUAAUGCAGACAUCCCAACAUCAGUUAGAAGUCCAGUUGUAUCUGUGGACACCAUGGUCACGAGCGGAUCGGAAGUUCGACAACAAUACUUCAUCCCGUCCUUACGAAAUGCAAUACGCACCAGUUAUGCAAAUUGCCAGCAAUGCAAGAACGAACGAGCCACGCCACAAGCACCGGAAAUGGGUCAACUGCCGAGAUGUCGAGUUGAGAUGAACGUCCGUCCUUUCUACAAAACUGGAUUGGACUAUUUUGGACCGAUCGACGUUGUAGUCAAGAGAAGCCGAGUGAAGAGGUACGUCGCCCUCUUCACCUGCCUAAGCACGAGAGCUGUGCAUUUGGAAAUCGCAGGGUCGUUGUCAACCGACUCCUGCAUCAUGGCAAUCCGACGAUUUGUAUGCCGACGAGGAUGUCCGAGUACCAUUCACUCAGACAAUGGUACCAACUUUCAUGGAGCUAACAAUGAGCUCAAAUCAGCCCUCGCCGAGAUAAAUCAAGAUAAGAUGAACCAAGAAUGCAACAACAGAGGAAUACGGUGGUCAUUUCUUCCGCCGUCAAGUCCGCAUAUGGGUGGAAGUUGGGAGCGGAUGGUCCGUUCAGUGAAGAAGGCAAUGGGGUCCGUACUACAGAUGAAAGACUUAUCCGAAGAAGUCCUCCAUACCGUACUGCUCGAGGCGGAGCACACGGUAAACAGUCAUCCACUCACCCACGUGGCGGAUGAUCCCGACGACCCCGAAGCCUUGACGCCGAACCACUUCCUCCUCGGACAAUCCAGCAACCUGCAACCCAUGGGGAAGUUUACUGAUUCAGACAUCAUUUCCCGGAAACAUUGGAGAAUUUCACAGCAUUUGGUCAACCAAUUUUGGCGCAGAUGGGUGAAGGAAUUCCUCCCGACGCUACUACGCCGCCAAAAGUGGUGUCAAGUGACUCGACCCAUUCAGAUAGGAGACGUCAUCAUUGAGGUCAAUCCAAACUUUCCGAGAAACAGUUGGCCGAAGGGGAGAGUCGUGGAACUCUUUCCAGGGAAGGAUCAAGUGGUACGAGUCGUCUCCGUCAAGCUAAGCAAUGGACACAUUUUCCGUCGUCCGGUCGCCAAGCUCUGCAUUUUGGAUGUGCAAUCCUCUCAUCAAGACAACGACAAGAAUAAGGACAAACAAAGUGCUGCGACAAAGUGA